AUGCUCAGUUCGACUUGCACCGCCGCCGUUCGUGGACUCUCCACCACCGCACAACUCUCCAAGAUCAACAAUGUCACCGUCAUUGGUGCCGGACUGAUGGGAUCUGGAAUCGCUCAAGUCUCCGCUAACGCCAAGCUCAAUGUGGUCGUUGUAGACAGCAAUCAAUCGGCGUUGGACAAGGCACAAAAGGGAAUCGAGUCAAGUCUUCAGAGAGUAGCUAAGAAGAAGCACGCCGAUGAUGCAAAGGCCCAGACAGCGCUCGUCAGCUCCGUUCUCGACAGAAUCAAGAUGUCAACAAAUGUGUCGGACUCUGUGAAGGAUGCGGAUUUGGUUAUUGAAGCCAUCGUCGAGAACAUCGAUAUUAAGAGAAAGCUGUUCGCUGAGGUCGAAGCUGCUGCUAAGCCAACCACACUCAUCACCACCAACACCUCGUCGCUCCGUUUGGCUGACAUUGGACUGAACCUCAAGGACAAGACUCGUUUUGGAGGACUCCAUUUCUUCAAUCCGGUGCCCAUGAUGAAGCUUCUUGAGGUUGUUCGUCACAACGACACUUCCGAUGACACUUUCCAGAAGCUUAUGGAGUACGGAAAGGCCGUCGGAAAGACCACCGUCGCGUGCAAGGACACUCCGGGAUUCAUCGUCAACCGCCUUCUGGUCCCAUACAUGUUCGAGGCUCUGCGCCUUUACGAACGUGGUGACGCCUCAAUGCCAGACAUCGAUGUAGCCAUGAAGUUGGGAGCCGGAUACCCAAUGGGACCAUUCGAGCUCUCCGACUACGUUGGAUUGGACACUUGCAAGUUCAUCAUGGACGGCUGGCACAAGCAGUACCCAGACGAGGUCGCCUUCAAGCCAAGUCCACUUCUCGACUCGCUCGUCGACGCUGGAAAGACUGGUCGCAAAUCGGGAGAGGGAUUCUACAAAUAUAAGUAA